AUGCUGAGCGGGGACCUGGUGGCCGUGUGGGAGGUGGCGCUGAGCGACGGCGUCUUCAGGAUCGGGUUCGCUCACGGCACCACCACCGGGAAACGUGUUGUCUACGUCAACGGGCAGGAAGUCAUCAGAAGAGACUGGAUGUUCAAACUGGUCGGAAAGGAAACCUUCACAGUGGGAGGGGCCAACACCAAAGCCACCAUCAGCAUGGAGGCGGUGAGCGGCUUCGUCUACGAGUACACGCUGGAGGUGGAGGGCAAGAGUCUGCAGAAGUUCAUGGACAACAGGACGAAGAGGACGGAGACGUGGCUGCUGCGAGUGGACGGAGAGGACCUCAGGGUGGUGCUGGAAAAAGACACAAUGGACGUUUGGUGCAAUGGACUGAAAAUGGAGACGACGGGGGAGUUUGUGGACGACGGCACUGAGACUCGUUUCCUUCUGGGGGAACACGAGUGUUGCAUCAAGGCGACAGGCAACAGGAAGAAGAGCGGCAUCGUUCAUCACUUCCUGUUGGAUGGAGAGAAAAUAUCUGCUCCUGCACAGUAACACCAACACAGAGUGAAAUACUGACUCAUCAUUUACUUUUCUGUUUGAUCAUAAACGUUGAAUUUAACCACUUUAAUAUGAAGAUCUGACUCUGUGCAGACUGUCAAGA